UUCUUUUCCUAAAACUGAACACAAAAACACAGCAUGAACCAUGGUCCACCCCCAAAAGAACUUUUGGAGGAGAAGGGACUCUUUAACUCCUACUACUACUCACUGCUCUACUACUAGAAUCAGAAUGGCGGCCACUCGCUGCUAAGGAAAACCUUCAUCUUUCUCAACUCUUACUUAUACCGUUUCAUCAUCAGGUAAGUUCACUUGUUGAGAAAUUCAUGAACUGAUGCUCUCUUCUUCGCACCUUUUGUUUGAAAACACACGCACACUUGCAUGCAUGUACACAUAAGCAUUUGUUUUGGUGCAAAGAUUUUGCAAUGAUGGUUUACACUUGAUCUCUGAACUUCAGACAAUACAAAUGGGAAACAAAAAAAGGACUAAUGUCGAUAAAAGGGACAUAGUAAAGUGGACAGAACGUUGGGAUGACUUUUUUGUUGAAGCACUUGUUCGCCAACAAAGCAUGGGAAACAGAAUUGACAAGGUUUUCACUACAAAAGCAUAUGAUAAUAUAGUGAAAGAACUGCGUGAAAAGAUUGGCAAGCCAUUUGAAAAAGAUCACUUGAAGAAUCGAAUGAAAACUCUUAAACAUAAUUUCAAUGAGUGUUAUGACCUUUUUAAGGAUACAAAUGGUUUUACAUGGAGUUCGGAAACAAAAAUGUGGACUGCUAAACCUGAGGUGUGGAAGGCAUUGAUAAAGGUAAAACCUGGUGCAAAAAAGUGGAUGACUACACCCAUUGCCAACUACGAUAAGCUGUUGUUGCUCUUUGCAAAAGAAAGGGAUUUUGCAAGGGGUUCGAAGGUGGAUGCGCACCAGCAUGGUACCUCACGAAAUGGAAGCUUACUUUAUGAUAUUAAUCAAGUGACGUCACAGAAUGAAAUUACUCUUACUCUGGAGGACUUGAAUGAUAUGAAUGAUGGUACUAAUCAGUUACCUCCUCCUAUUGAAGCAAAUUCUCAGGCAGAUUCUCAACCACCUUCUCAGUCAGCUACAUCGUUGAAAGGCAAGAAACGAAAGGCUCCAAGGGAUGUAUGUGAGGGAAAUGUUUAUCAAAGGAAAACAGAUGUUUUUGCGAGGGAGUUUGAAAGUAUAAGGGAAGCAAUAAAAGACGUCGCACAGGCAAUCAGGGAGGGAAAUGUUAUUGCGGAAAGAGGCCGACCACGUGUGUACUCAGAACAAGAAGUUUUCACAGAAUUGGUGAAGAUUGGUGUCGAUGUGCAAAUGCGCUAUAAGGCCUACACUUUCCUUAUUGCAAAUGCUGGAAGGGUGAGGGCAUUCUUUGGUUGCCCAGCUGAGGAACGUAAGGAAUUUUUGCUCCAGCUGAUGUAUAGUCCCCCAUAAUCUUGGUAGUUUUCAUUGUUGUUGAUGGGGCUUUUGUAGGCACUGGAAUGGCUGGUGUAUGGCCUUUGAUGACUUUAGAACUCACUAAUAUAGGUUAGAGUCGUCUUUUGUUUAUAUUUCUCAGUGUGGAAAUAUGUUCAUAAGUAGUAUUUGGUUUAUAUGUUCAAAUGAUGUCCCUACCAGACAUUGGAUUUGAUACAAUUAAAGCAUGUUAGUUAUCAAGUCCGCUAUAAAUUAAAACCUCUCUCUCUCUCUCUCUGUUCAUGAUA